UCGUUGAAGAGAAUAAGAGGACAGCAACUUUUAGUUGGAUAACAGGCCUUUGUGCUGCUUCGCAUGUCUUGGGAAAUCUUCUGGCACUUUUUCUCCCAGAAAAGUACAAUUUUCCUCCUUUUGUUUCAGGUUUCAAUAGCUCUCUUGAUCUUUUGUUCAGUUCAUAUGCAACUCUUUCUGGUUGAGACGGUUAAGCUGGCUCCAAAGAGGGACCAAGUUUCAGCUUGCUUGACUACGCCAAUUAAAAUUAUCCAGAAACGAUACAAAUCAAUGAAAGAUGCUGCUACAAUAGUUAUGAGCAGUCCGACAUUAAGGGGCAUUUCUCUGGUUUCUUUCUUCUUUGAGUUGGGAAAGUCUGGCAUCAACUGUGUCUUAAUGGUAUGUUUCCUAUUAGUUUGUCAUUCUAACAAGCAAAUAGAUGGUUGCAUGCUGCAAUUUCCUCUUGGUACCAUCUUAUAA